AAGUGUGCCCAUCCGGUUUUUUUCUUUCUGAAUAUUUAUAUAUUUUUCCAAUUACUUAAAAACUCCAAAAAACAAAAAACAAAGUACAAUUAUUUUUGCAAACUUUUGCCUCUCUCGUUACGUUACCUACAUAUUCUUUUUUAUUUCAUUUUGCCGCUGAAAAAGAAACCGCCGUGAAAAAUGGAAUCUCCAGCUCAACGCCGCCUCAACGCUAUCCAAUCUCACCUCCUCCCUUCCGCCGUAUACGCCGCCGAGGAUGAAUCCUUGAUCGGACGUAAUGUUACCUCCUCCUCUUCAUCUCCACCGUUCUUUGUUGAUCAACAGUACAGUGUGGUUCUUCCUGAGAAAUUGCAAACUGGAAAAUGGAAUGUUUACAGAUCAGCUCGGUCUCCGAUGAAGCUUUUGAGUCGGUUUGAUGAUCAUCCUGAAAUCGGGACAUUGCAUGAAAACUUUGUACACGCUGUGGAGACUUAUAGAGAUUACAAGUACUUGGGAACGCGGAUUCGGGUGGAUGGAACAGUUGGGGAGUAUAAGUGGAUGACAUUUGGAGAAGCAGCUACAGCUCGGGAGGCUAUAGGUUCUGGACUUAGGUAUUAUGGGUUAGAACAAGGAGCUUGUGUUGGACUUUAUUUUAUAAACCGACCCGAGUGGAUGGUGGUUGAUCAUGCUUGUUCAGCAUAUUCGUAUAUUUCAGUUCCUUUAUACGAUACUCUAGGUCCUGAUGCUGUUAAGUUUGUUGUAAACCAUUCUGGCAUUAAAGCUAUUUUUUGUGUCCCAGAAACCUUAAAUACGCUGUUGAGUUUCAUAUCUUCUAUUCCAUCUGUACGUCUCAUAGUGGUGGUGGGAGGAGCUGAUGAACACUUACCUUCACUCCCCUCAACACCUGACGUGAAGUUCAUAUCGUAUUUAAAAUUACUUGGUCAGGGCCGCAGAAACCUGCAGCCAUUUUUCCCUCCUAAGCCUGAUGAUGUUGCGACAAUAUGCUACACCAGUGGUACUACAGGGACACCAAAGGGAGUUGUCUUGACACAUGGAAAUUUAAUUGCAAAUGCUUCUGCUUUCUGCCGAAAAGUGAAAUUCUAUCCCUCAGACGUUUACAUAUCCUAUCUUCCUUUGGCGCACAUUUAUGAACGGUCAAACCAAGUAAUCUGUUGCAACAAUGGCGUUGGGGUUGGCUUCUACCAGGGGGACAAUUUGAAACUGAUGGAUGAUUUAGCUGCUCUUAGACCAACUAUAUUUUGCAGUGUGCCUCGAUUAUAUAAUCGAAUCUAUGCUGGAAUCACCAAUGCUGUCAGCACUUCUGGUGCUUUAAAGGAGAGGCUAUUUAGAGCUGCCUACAAUUCCAAGAGGCAAGCCAUCAUGAAUGGAAGGAAUGCAUCGCCAAUUUGGGACAAAUUGGUCUUCAAUAAAAUAAAGGAAAAGCUUGGAGGUCGAGUACGUAUUCUGGGAUCCGGUGCUUCCCCUCUGUCUCCUGAUGUAAUGGACUUCUUGAGAGUGUGCUUUGGCUGUAUGUUAAUUGAGGGCUAUGGCAUGACAGAGACUUCUUGUAUCAUAACCUUGAUGGAUGUAGGGGACGUCUUAGCUGGUCAUGUUGGGUCUCCACAUGCUGCCUGUGAAGUGAAACUUGUAGAUGUUCCUGAAAUGAAUUACACCUCUGAGGACGAGCCAUAUCCUCGUGGGGAAAUUUGUGUGAGAGGUCCUAUUGUUUUUCAGGGCUACUACAAGGAUGAAGUCCAAACGAGAGAAGUAUUUGAUGAUGAUGGCUGGUUUCAUACGGGAGACAUUGGUUUGUGGUUACCUGGAGGUCGUCUCAAGAUUAUUGAUAGGAAAAAGAACAUAUUUAAGUUGGCACAAGGCGAAUACAUAGCACCGGAGAAGAUCGAGAAUGUAUAUGCGAAAUGCAAAUUUGUUUCACAAUGUUUUGUAUACGGUGAUAGUUUCAAUUCAUCUUUAGUAGCGGUAGUUGCAGUGGAACCUGAUGUUCUAAGAGACUGGGCUGCAUCUGAGGGUAUCCAGUACGAGGAUUUAGGACAGCUGUGCAAUGAUCCAAGAGCAAGGAAUGCUGUUCUCGCUGAGAUGGAUGAUGUGGGAAGGGAAGCACAGUUAAGAGGCUUUGAAUUUGCUAAAGCUGUAACUUUGGUGCCUGAACAAUUCACCUUGGAAAAUGGCCUUCUCACUCCAACAUUCAAGAUCAAGCGAUCUCAAACCAAGGAGUACUUUGCGAAAGCCAUAGCCAACAUGUAUGCUGAGCUUUCAACUUCCGAACCGGCACUUUCGAAACUAUAAAUUUGGCUUUCACUUCAAUAAAAUGCAAAAACAGAUUCAAAAAGGUGAUUCAAGUUAUAACUAUUUCAGGUAAUUACAGUUCUUGGGCUUAGAUUUGGGGUUGAGGGUUGGAUUUUUCAUAUUAAAUUUGUAUACGUUACAAUCAUUUAGAAUUACUUAUUUAGAUAAUUUUGGAUUUAAACUACUUUUUAGAUUUGGAUUGUUUUAGGAUUGGAUUUAAUUAAACAAAGUUGUGUACUUUUUAUAUUUAUGUCGGAUUCAGGUUAAUCAGGUAAGAUUUUCAAGUUUGGGUUAAAAUUUACGGGUGUAAUGAGAUUAGAUUGUUAAGUCUUGAAGCAAUACUAAUUUGGUAUUUUAUAUUGGGUAUAAAA